CGUAAGAAGCUUCCGGACCGGCUUCUGCUCCGCGGCAAAAAAAGUGCGUCACGUGGGCCGCGCGUCAGGCCGAGACCGUUUUUUGCUGUCUCUGGAGAGUGUAGCCUGCUCUGCAAGGGUGUUGCAGAAGAGCCGACGCCGCUGCUUCGGAAUCGGCUGGAAAAAAGAGUGAGGAGGGCCCAGACGAGAGGUGGGAGCGGCGAUCAAUGUGGGUCGCCGCCUUUCUGCAUCUCGGGACUCUCCUCUUUUCUCCCUGCCUUCGACGGGGAGAGGAAAUAAUAGUUUCCAAAGAAGUAGAUAGACCCAUAACUUCAGGGAAAAAUUGAAACCAGGAUUUACCAAGCCCCAGAUAAGGGGGUCUGUUUGUGAGAGAAGACUCCUGGAAAUAUCGAACUCUUACUCAAGUUUGCUCUUCCUUUUAGGAUGGAAUAGAACCAUCUUUCUGCCUCUUCAAUAAACUGUAACCUUCCCAAAGCAGUCGCCAUGUUGCUUAUUUAUUCCCGGCUUGGAUGAAUCAGGAUGAAGACUAAUCCAACACUACUAUAUAAAGUUACAAAGGUCUAAAACCUAUACUUGAAGAACUAUGAUGUGAUGGCAUUUCUGCAUUUGGAAGGAACGACAUUGUCCACUAGCUGUGAUUCAGAGGACUGAUUUCAACCUUCAAAAUAUUGUCCAUUUGGUUAAAACUGCUCAUUUCGACUUGGAAUCUAAUUUGAAGCAAAAGUCUCUUGUAAAGCACUAUAUUUAAAACACUCUGGAUGAACAUUUCUUAUAAGUGAGAAGAUAAGAAGGUAAUGGUUUGACUCCACAUUUCUUCAUAUUCUUUCCAUGCUAACAUUUUAAACAAAACUGGAAAGUGUAGCUGUUUCUGUAGGGCUCCAAGCAGUCAAAUGCUUCAUUCAGUCUCCCAGUUCAAUCUGAGUCAUGUAGACAAGCCACUUUUGUGAUUCGGGAUCUGUCUGCCUCUUUCCAGUUAUACCAAUAAAGGAGAAUAUUUGUAGAUCAGGGUUGAAAUGAGGGGUCCUUGGUGUUCUCUGAGCUUGCUUGUUUUCUUGCAGAGACGUUUCACUACCUAAAAUAGCAGAAUGCAUCCAUGAACACCUCCUAGCAGUCAGAAGACAUGAUGAAAACUCUUUAAUCUCAGAAUACAUGAAGAGACUUACAUCAUAGUUUCAACUGAGAAACUGACCACUCUAGACCAAGUCAAGUCCAAAACAAUGUUCAACACAAAUCUUCUCGGCAUCGUGCUGGCACUUAGCUAAGAAGCUGGCUAGGUGUUGCCACUAUUCUUCCUGGUCUGAUCAUCUGUCUCACCUUUUAAACCUGUUUUUAUUGUAACUUCCAGAGGAGUUUGGGGCUUGCUCUGAUCAUUUGAAGACGAUGGAAGCAUGGAUAGCAGUCAAAAGGAUAGGAUGACAGAUGCUCUGAAAAACAGAUACCAAAUGUGUAUUUUCAGCAGUGCAGCUUGUAUGCCAAAUAGGCUUGAGCUGUUACUGCAGUCACAGCUUGCUUGGAGAAAAGCCCACUAGAACUUUUUAAAUGCAAAAAUAAGCACAGCGGGAGUGGUUUGCAGCAGAAAUUGGUCUAGCAGUUGGCUUGUCUUUACAUUUGCUAUUGUACUUUACAAAUAAGGAAUUUGUUUUUGACCCAGUCUCAUACCCAAAUUCUGUGUUAAAAGAAUGCUAUUUAUAUAAUCUUUGAAACUGGGGGAUAGCAAAUAUAUUUUCAGAAUUUGCCUUUUCAUGUGACAGUGUUUGACAAGAACUAAUUAAUGUGUGGCAUGAACUUCCUUGAAAAUGUUGCCCUGACUGGGAAAAACAAACAGAAAAUGUUUUAAAAGUUUGCUGCUGGGGUAUUUAAGUCACAAAAGUGGAACGGUUUAAUAUAUCAGAACUAGUAGAAUUUCUUCCCAUAAGAUGUAGUCAGUGGAUUAAAGUUGUUACACAGGCUGGUGCUUUCACGACUUGUGGGAUUCUAUCAAUUGUUAUUGAAAAAAAACUCCACAGGGAAAGAGUGAUUCAGAACAGUUCUCGUAUAGCUGCUAUUGCCAGCUUGAGCACCAUUGGAUCCCAUCUUCAAAUUGCUCCACAAUUUCGUUUCAGUGAUUUGGAUUUGGAAAAAUUAGUUAGAUCGAUAUUUGCUGCACCAGUUGACCCAGCCAUCUUAAGAAACGAUAUUCAACUUGAACAGAAUUCAUUCAUAUUUGGUCCAGAUGCAGCCCUGAUUGUGCCUAACGCUCAGGGCAAUUUUGUUUUCAAUGCUGAGCGAUUUGAUGGUUGGAUGGGACAAGUUUUUGAUGCCAGCAAUCCUGUGCGCUCUCAAAACAAUUGUCCUCAGGGUGCACCUGCGGCGGCUAAACCUGUACCUGUAGCUGGGGAAAUUCAUCCAUGGUUGUUUGGAGGGCUUUUUAAUGUGAACCUUGCUGAUGGAACUGAAAAUACAGCUAUUCUUCAAGAUAAUCCUUUGUGGUCUUUUGAACUAUUGGCUCUGGUUAUGGUAAUGUCACCCCAGGGAAACGGAUUUAGAGAAAAAAUCUUGGCAAAUUUGACCACAGCUGUAUUAAUAAUAACCAGUGGGGGAAAUAUUACUCCAGCUAGACUGAACAAAACUCUUAAAGAAAUCCGCAAAGUGACAGGAUCUCAGAAUAUUGAAGUAGAUCGAGAUGCUGUGAUUGAGGGUUUCCAUUGCCUUCGUGCCCUCUGGGAUGAGCAAACCACUGAACAAAACUUUGAAGAUAUGUUUACUAAUCUUAAAACAGAAGUUGCUAAAAUCUCAUCGAUACUUGGGACUGUGGUUGAACAAACAAGAAACAGAAUGUUGACUGGAAUACUAACUGUUAAUCAAGCAAUUCGAGCAUAUGAAGAUUUUCCCUGGACAGAGUUAAAUGAACAUAUAAAGAGAGUUACAGGAAAAGAUGAGAUGGCAGCAGCUGCUGCAUUUGGAGAUACUGUUAACAAUUCCCAUUGGAUUGGAUGGACUUAUGCUUUUAAGACUGCCCAGCCAGGACAAAAUGCAAAUCGACAAUUUCCAAACAUUCUUUACACUGCCAUUCAACUUCAAAUUUUGGCAGGAGGAGUUCGGUCUCUUCAACAAUACCAGGGAUUGGAAAAUAUGAUUAUAUCAGAAAGGAAUAUUAUUGAUGCCUGGGUUACCCAAUAUGUUCAAAAUUGCCAGACUGGUGUUAAUUAUUCUGCUCAACGAGGUGCAGCAUCCAGUGUGGUUGAUCGUAUGAGGCAACUUAAUUUGAAUUGAACAUGACCUCAUACGCAGUUCUGUUUGCAGAGGGAUAACUGUUGCAUGUAAAUCCUAAAAAAAAAAAAA